GGGGGUGGGGGCUGUGUCUGAACCAGCUAGGAAGAAUGACUCUGGAGUCCAUCAUGGCGUGCUGCCUGAGCGAGGAAGCUAAGGAAGCCCGGCGGAUCAACGACGAGAUCGAGCGGCAGCUGCGCCGGGACAAGCGGGACGCCCGCCGGGAGCUGAAGCUGCUGCUGCUGGGCACAGGAGAGAGUGGCAAAAGCACAUUUAUCAAGCAGAUGAGAAUCAUUCAUGGAUCAGGUUACUCUGAUGAAGACAAAAAGGGCUUUACAAAACUGGUGUACCAGAAUAUAUUUACAGCAAUGCAGGCCAUGAUCAAGGCCAUGGAUACCCUCAAAAUCCCAUACAAGUGUGAAAAUAACAAGGUUCAUGCACUAUUAGUUCGAGAAGUCGAUGUAGAGAAGGUGUCAAGUUUUGAGAACCCGUAUGUGGAUGCAAUAAGAAGUUUAUGGAAUGACCCUGGAAUUCAGGAGUGUUAUGAUAGACGACGGGAAUAUCAGUUAUCAGAUUCAACUAAAUACUAUCUUAAUGACUUGGACCGCAUAGCAGAUUCCACCUAUCUGCCAACUCAACAGGAUGUGCUCAGAGUUCGAGUCCCAACAACAGGGAUCAUUGAAUAUCCAUUCGACUUACAAAGCGUCAUUUUCAGAAUGGUGGAUGUAGGAGGUCAGCGAUCAGAAAGAAGAAAAUGGAUACAUUGCUUUGAAAACGUCACAUCUAUCAUGUUCCUAGUAGCUCUUAGUGAAUAUGAUCAAGUGCUUGUGGAGUCAGAUAAUGAGAAUCGAAUGGAAGAAAGCAAAGCACUCUUUAGGACAAUUAUCACAUAUCCAUGGUUCCAGAAUUCUUCAGUUAUUCUGUUCUUAAAUAAAAAAGAUCUAUUAGAGGAGAAAAUUAUGUACUCCCAUCUAGUUGAUUAUUUUCCAGAGUAUGAUGGACCACAGCGGGAUGCACAGGCGGCACGAGAGUUCAUCCUGAAGAUGUUCGUAGACCUGAAUCCAGAUAGUGACAAAAUUAUCUACUCUCACUUCACAUGUGCUACAGACACAGAGAAUAUCCGCUUCGUCUUCGCUGCUGUCAAGGACACAAUCCUACAGUUAAACCUGAAGGAGUACAACCUGGUUUAACUGUGCCUGGGGGGUCCUCCAAAACCAGCUUUCCAUGAUUGAAGAUACACAAGAGGGACUGUAUUAUAAUCUGUGAAAACAAUUUGCAUAAUACUAAUUUAUUGCCGGCCUGGACUCUGUGAAUGUCCACAGAGUUUGUAGUUAAUAUUAUGAUUUUAUUUAAACUAUAUGGAGGAAAAACAAAAGAUGCUGAAGUACAUUCACAGCACAUUUCCUCAUUUUUUUAGGCAAAACCUUGUGACUCAAUGUGUUUCAAAUUCUCGGUCAUACAUUUACAAAGGAUAGCAGUUUUUUGCUAUUGAAGCAAAAUCAAGCUGGUUUCCUCUUUUCCUAACCCUUUCUCACCCCCUCCUUUCCUUCCCCCCUACUGUUUUACAGGGUACAAUGGCCUUUUUUUCCCCAGUUGCAUUCCUGGGUGAAAUAUUUUCUGUUGGAUGAUUUGGUCAGGAAAAUAGUAUCAUCACAAUUUAAGUCAUCAGUCGUAAUUUUUACAGUAUGUACUUUCUCUGAAGGAUCAAAAAGUAUUGAUACUGUGAUUUUUAAAUUCUUUGCAUGGGUGUCUUCAUUCUGUCUUCACUUUGAGACUAGAAGAUUGGGAUUGCAAAGUAGAAUUACAGUUGUCUAAGGAUAUUAAAUUUAUCCAUAAUUUUACAGUUCAGAAAGGUGCACAGAAGACAAUAAUGAAAUAAUAAGACACAGUUUUGGAUGUACAUGGAAUAUGUUAGAAUCUCUUUUUAGUUGCCAUGUGCCAUUUUUUUCUCUCUCCUUUUAUUUACAGAUGCCAAAUAGAAAAGUGAGACACUACAGUUUCCCCAGUGGCUACAGCCUGAAACAGUGUUGUUUUUCUCAGUUUUGUGGUGUGUUUUUCUUAAGUUAGAGCUUUUUUAAGUGUUCUUUUUCCACAGUAGUAAAAUUAUUUUUAUUGUACAAAAUUCAUGUUGCCAAAUCUGGCUUUUUGUAAAACCAGUGCUCUUGAAACAAGAUACUGAUUGAAAUGCCAAACAGAGGGGUUGGGAACUGACCUGAUUGAAUCAACUGCCAAAUGAUUAACACAUGCAGUUUUAGCUCAUGCGUUCCCUUUUUUAGAAGGUGUUCCAUUUUCUAAUGCCAAAACCAACAAUGUAAGUGAAUAUGCUAUGAAUAUGACAUGCAUGUGGUCUACUGAUUUAAAAACAGUUUAGAUCUCUCCCUUUGUCAGUUAAGACAUGAGGUUGUUUUCCAUAAUAAUUUCAAGGCACCUUUAGUUGUAUAACACAAAAGUAUUAAUGAGAGAUCAGGAACCUUACUUGAUAAGGUUGCUUGUUAACUAAUUCACAGGCAUUUGAUAAGCUUUGAUGCAAAAUAGCCUCUCUCAAUGUUCUUUAGAAGAGAUUUGUAAAUGUAAAUGAAGCAGUGAGAAAAUCAUUCUUUAAAUUUAAACGUGCGAUUUUUUAACAACAAAAAUGCAGCACACGUAGAUGAGCCUUUAUUCUGCAGGUUGAAAGGUGUUUUUUGACCAGGUGCAUGAUUGCUAGCAAGCUCUAGGAAACUCGGAGUUCAGACUUGUAAUUGGAUUUAUUAUCUGCAAUGCCAAGUAGCACUAGAGUGCACUUAACACAGAAAUUGCAGCCACAUAGCAGCAGAUGGGAGGUGGAAAAAAAGAAUGGCUUAUUAGUUGAUUACCAAAGUUAACAAUAAAUACUAAUGAGAUGGUUUUCAUCCUUAACCCUCUCAAUUCCAAAACAACAAUAACAAGAACAGUUGCUAUUUUUUGCUCCCUCUUAAAACACCGUGUAAUUUAAAACUGGUUGUAGGUAUAGUGCAAUUAUGAAUGCUAUAAUCAUUGUACAUACAUAUAUAUAUAUAUAUAUGGCAGCAUCCAUAUUGGCUUUGUAAUCAUUAAUUUUUGGCAAAUUGAAUGUGCUGUAUUGAUAUGUAUCUAUGUAAUUGUAUUGUAUGUCUUAUAGCUAAUUCACAUUUUAAAUAAUGUUAUUUUAUUUACUUUUUUAAGAGAGAAGAAUGUAAAUUUUGUCAGUUUAUUUCUGACUAGGGAUUUGUUGUUUUUAUUUACAAAACAAAAUACUAUAGUACAGAGCGGUACUAGCAUUGUGCUGUAUAAAAUCAUUUCCACAUUCCUGAGAAGGAGUAAAUUGGAGACACCCAGACAGAGGUCAUUCACAUUCAAAACAAUGCUUAAAUCUUGUCAGGGCUUCAUACAGCUGUAGAAAACGAACUUAUUAGAGAACUUAGGCCAUUAUAUCUCUAAUUGGAACAUAAGCUUUAAAUAUAAAUUAAAUUUUUAUUUAUCAGAUUCACAUUAGGUUGCUUCUACUUUUCUGGUAGGAUCUAUUGGAAAAGUAAGUUUAUAGAUAUUUCAAACCAUUGUAUAUAAGUACUAAUGUGUGUAUGCUGUUGCCCUAAAAAUACCAUGAUAAAAUAUAAAACAUCAGAUCAAUUAAUCAGUCUUUCAGAAACUGCAGAAACUUUAUGAAUAACAACAACCAAAAAGUCACUGUAAUUAACAAUUUUAAGGAGUUAAAGCAUUUUAUUUAAAAGUAACACUGACAUUCUGAAUAGGGGAUCAGAACAGUGACUCUUUCUUACGUACAGUUUAAGAAAAUUGGUCUUGAUCUUGCUAUAAAUUCAACAGAGCUUCUGUUUUCACAGUUCCACUGUUGAUAAUAUCCCUUCUUUCAACCUGGGAAUACAUUGCCCACACUGGAUUCAGUGCUAUAAAUGGAACUGUAGCAAAAAAAAAAAAAGAAAAAAAAAAAAGAAAAAAAAAGGGGGAGGGGAGGUAAAAACCCCAAACAAACAAAAAGCCACACCAGACAGUGGUGUCUAACAAAAGUUUGGGCAUUUUUAAUUUUUUUUUUUUCUUAUAGGAUAUUGGGUGGGGGAACAGGAAAUGUGGUUCGGAGUUUUGUAUAAAAACCAAACAAAAGUUUACUCACGCUUUCUAGUUACAUUGUGAUUGCAAAAGUUUUCAAGAGUGUGUGCCACUGGGCUAUUUUCUGGUAUUUUUUAGGUGAGUUGAACCUGUGGCAGUGUUUAGAUCAUUUGAGCAUGUUCUGGAAAAAAAGAUAUUCAGCAUGCCAAGGCAAGCUUUACAUGAAUCACCUAACACAGCAUUGCAGUGUGACAGUUUACAAAAACAUUUUCUUUUUAAAUGACACAGCUGUUCCCACUUGUAGUAUAUUCCAUUGUGGUGGUGGUGGUGCUGUUGUUUUAAUUGAUGGUUUCUACUAUGCCUUAUAGUGCUUAAGUCCAGAAGUUUGUGCCUCUAACAUGAAGCUGAAGGCAAAAACAUCAAGACAGAAACCCUCUUAACUUUGCCAAAAUGAUGUGUUUUCUUUGAAUGGUGUAAAUGGGGGAGGAGGGAAGGAAAACAUCUUGGGAACCUGUGUAUUCUAGAUGUUCACUAGCACAAGAAAGCUGUAAUACAUGUUUUACAGAAACCUUGAACUUGCCUUUUUCACUAAUUAACUGACACUGUCCUUACAGAUGUAGGAUGAUGCAGCUAUAAGGGCAGUUUACUUUUUAUAAUUCAGUCUCUUUUGAUUGUCAAGGUGUAUGGACUGUAAUUUUUAAUCAUACUGCCACAUGAUUGUGAAUCCCUUUUUAAAGUUUGAAAGUGGAGAAGAGACUUUUAAUGCUGGAAAACAGUCAGAAUUGACUGCAUGAUCUGCAAAAACUCUAUAUGGGGGAAAAGGGCUGCAUAUAAAGAUACUGCUAGACUCCCAUAAGGUGCAGAAGACUUUCAGAUUACUCAACCCCAUGACCCUUUCCUUGUUAAACAUUCUUCACGAAAGAAUAAAAUAUUAGGAGAAAACAUGGACAUGUUAACCCACAUGAAAAAAAAUAAAUUUAGACAAUAAUUUAUUAUUAUGUGCUGCUAUUUUUGGAGCUCUGUGCAUGGUUUUCCUGCAGACUAUUACAUUAGUGAACUAAUGAAGUGUUCACAGCAUAUUAACAAGGCCUACACAUGACCUACCUCUAGUUAAGUGAUCAGUAAAGUAAAUAUGUUUUGGAGAGACCGACAUAAGUUAGGAAAUUUAAAUGUCCUAGUAUAAGUGACUAACCAUGAUAUUUUAGAAAUUGAGAUUUUGCAAAGGCGGUCCAGUCCCUCUUUUGAUAUAAACCAUAAAUUCUAAAAUUUUAACAGGCUUUAAACAACUGAAGUCAUCUGACUCUGUCCGGUUUGUUAGUUUAGUAGAGAUCUUGCAAAACAAUACAUUUAGUUUGAGAAGUGGAGCUGCUGAUACCUCCUCUGUUUUGACUUCUGAUUACCCAUAACGUUUUGAGUUCUGUCAAUCAACCAGGAAACUUUCCUAUGUAGUCAAUGCAUUGAGGUCAAGAUUUAGCUGGUUAAAGGGAUUUUGCCAUGUGUUUCACUUGAGCUUUUUUACAGUAGCCAUGCUGCAGGGAAAAAAGAGAGAUUUUGAAAAUAUUGUCAAAAAUAUAAAGCCAGCCAUAUCAAGGCAAAUGUAAAUCUGUUGAUUCGGGGUUUUUUUCUCUCAAAAUACAGUUUAAGAUUAAGUCUGUUGCUGGAUUUCUCAUUCACCAAGCUGCAGGAAAUCCUUAUUUGACCAGUUUUAAUUUUUUUUUUUAGGGAGGAGUGUCAGAUGCAUUUUAAAACUUUGAGUAUUUAAAAAUAAAUAUCAUAUUUGCUGUUCUUAAAGUGUCAUUUAAAUGCAUGUAUUGUGUGUUGCUUGAGGGACAGAAAUAGUUUUUUUGAAAAACUAAUACUGUACAGUUACUGCCCCUCAAAAAUGUUGCUGGUUAAAAAUACAGUAUUUUUGGCCAAUACCUUCGUACUAUAGUAUCUUCAUUCCUGAAAUUUAGUUUUUCCAAAAUGCUGUUUGGACUUUUUGUUCUCCCAAAGUGCUUCUUGUUAUAGUAAAUGGUGGAUAGAUGUGUUACUCCACAAUUAAUUUUUAAUUAUGUGUGCUCCAUCAUCAUUGUCUAAAUAUUAAAAUUUCCAGAAUAUCUUUAUUACAGCCAGACAUUCAAAACCUUUGAGGUUUGUUACAGUGGAGAUGGUAAUUUGACAGUAUUAUUAAAGGUUUGGAGUUUUUUUGGCUUGUGUACAAUGGAAACUCAGAAAUGGGGGGUGAGAAGAAAUAAACCCCAUACGUUACUACUAGAAAAUUCAGACUGUGUAGACAGGUGAAUUUCUUAAAGAUUUUGGAUGAUUGCAGUAGUACUGCAAGAGCAAGGUGUUCCUUAGGUCAUCUUGUUCACCUGUGCCUUGGCAGGAAUAAGGGAAAGAUGCCUAUGAGCUACUUCUCAGGAGUUUGGCUCAUACUUUGUCAACAAUUAGUGGAUCUCCUAUCUUCAUUACUGAAGAAAUAGAAGUUCAGGCCAGUUGCAAAAAUUAGUUUGUUUCCUAUUACAUGAUCACAAUGGUUUAAGUAAGAUUCCCAGAGUGCAAACAGUUUACCUAAGCAAGGACUUGAGUGAAUGAUUCCUCAUUUUAAUUUCCAGUUACAGAAUGUAAGGGAGAGGAAUCAGUAGGGAAGGAUUUAUUUUAUCUUUAUGUCUCAGUGAAGAUAAUGCCAACAAAAUACAGUGUCAGUGGUGACUGUUGGAUAUGUGAAAUAAAAGUAGAAACUAUCUGUGUGAUAAAUUGUGCAUAGUUGUGAUUAAAACCUGCCAUCAGAUUAUUACAAUCAUCUCACCAGAUUGCUGAGCACUUGUAGGAUACUGUUCCAAACACCUAGGAGUUCAAGAGUAUUUGUAGACUGCCACAAAAUACACAGUUGCCAGCUCCUCAGUAGCACAUGUGGUGUCAGUAUCUGACACCAAGGCACCUGCCCUACUCUCAUAGCUCAUUGCUACAAAAAAGAGCUACCCUCUGAGACGUCCUCUCUUCCCAGUUUUCAACUGCUGGGAAUUUUUCCUCUCCCUUAUUUCAGCCUUCCUGCUUUGCCAAUGAGCUGAGUGAAAAAAAAAAACCAAACCCUCUUCUUGUUUUACUGCUUUACUAAUCUAAUUUUCAGGGGUGUCAGCUGAUUUGGCUGACUAAUAUUUCCAGUAAGUGCUAAGCUGACUAAGUGGAAGAGGUAGAAUUGUGUGGCCAAAAGGCUUAGAAAUGAAGAAAAAAAGGAGUAACACUCUUCCCCUUUUUAAACCUAGUCCUGUAGUAUCUAAAACCUUCAUUUUUUGCACUCUGGGGGCUGUUAGCUAUUCUGGCUCGGAAGGGUUGCACUUUUCACUUUGAAAGGUCUUGACUGCAUUUUUAUCUGGGAAGAAAAUGAAAUUGUAGAAAAAGGAGAACUCUUUCCUACUCCGCUUUAAAGUUUCACACCAGUUUCUAUGUAUAUGAAGUAAAUGCAACUGUAGUCAGACCGAUGCCAACAAGUCACCCUUAGUGUUAAGGAUGGAGAAAUACAAGAAUUGGGCUUUCAUUCAUCUCACAGGGCAAAAAAAAAAAAGGAAGAAAAAAUAGUUCAUUUCCAGUAAGAUCUUAAAAAAAUGAAAGUUUUCUAUCUUAUUUAAAAUGCUGUGCUGCUGUGCAUGACAUUCAAGGUUUGCUGUGUCCUUGUCCAAUGCACUCCUUCCUUCUCCAUUCACACUCGUCUAUCACACUGAUUAAUUGCUUCCUGCCAUCAAAAGAAAAUACUUCUACAGUAUUGCUUUAUGUAUGUACACUCUGGAAUACUUUCUGAUCCUUGUGAAUUAAAUGUAAAUUGAUCUGAUAGAAUUCAACAAAUGAGGAUGUGUAAUACAGCUGAAGAGGAACACAAUUUCUGCUUAAUCUUGUUUAAUGUUCCUUCUGCCUUUUUGUUCUGAUUAUUUUUCUGUAUCUUUCUUUUAUCCUGCUUGCCAUAAAGAGAAGGUUGCUUGACCUACCAGAUUCAGUUCUGGUAGUCAUUACAGAAUUGAUUAUACUGGCUGCAUUAAAGACAAAUUGUGAGUAAGAACAGCUUCAGAAGGUUCCUGUAAUCAGGGGCAGAUCCAAUUAGCCUUUUGGACAGGCAUUUCAGAAAACAAAACUGUAACACUAUAGUUGGAAUAAGUCAGCUGAAGGAUGUAGUAGGCAAAUGUGAGCCUAAUUAAGCCAUUUCAGUAUGUCAUUUCGCAUUGUCAAUAGAGAACUGUUUGCCAGGAUGUUACAGAAAGUUUGCUUUUUUUCCUACAGUCCUAUAUGAGGUGGUUAAUGCAACGAUUAGGCUGGCACUCAACUGAAGAGAUGCUUUAAUUCGACUGUAAGUUCAAUGUAUUCUUGCGGAGAUUAUUGCAUAAGAUUACUUUAUAUGAUGCUAAAAACAACGAGAAGAUUACUUGCAUGCAGUAAAUAUUUAAGAUAUUGCACUUUUAUACAUUUAUUAUAAAGAAGAAUCACUCCCUAGAAAUAAAAUUCCAUUUAUCUCACAAUGAAGUAUCUGGAGUCUCUUAACAACUGGCAGUUAUUGUGCACUCAAGUGUGAUUAUUGUAUACUAGAGAUUAGUUCAUUUGUUACCAUAUACUGCAAAAUACUUGGUUUAUUAUAAAUGCUGAUUUUGGAAAGGCAGAAUAAUGUUUUUGUGACUGUCUUGAUGUCUACUUUUCUCAGCAUGUCUUAGGAGAACCUGAUUUAUUUUAGUUGGAGAAACUGACUGAUGUAAUAUCCACUGUCAGGGUUUUUCUUCAAGUGCUUUAGAACAUCACUUAUCUCACUUUACCAAAGUUAAGCAACCUGGUUGUAAUUGAGGCAGAAGAUAUAAACAUGGUCAAAUUUGAUACUUCCCUUGCAUAACAAUCUUUUAACACAUUAAUCAGUAAUAUGAUUAUAAUUUACUUGAUGGAGCUAUUUGUCUUAAAUUGCAACAGGCUGUGUUGGUACUAAGAAGACAUCAGUUUUCUUUUACAAGAUGUUGGAAGUGUUCAAAUAAUGUUAUAAAUAAUAUCUGUAAAAACAGCUUAAUGGAUAUUUAAUAUGGUCUAGAAGUUGUUUGAAUCUCUUGUAAGAAAUUAUAGAAAUGGUGCUGCAAGUGGAAGACUUCUGUGGUUAUGGAUUAAACAGUUCUCUUUUGAUAUAUAUUCACAUUCAUACAUGCUGAUUUCAUUUCUGCUAGUAUGAAACAAAAGCAACUCCACUGUAGAUAGCAAAAUGUAAUCCUCAGUUUAAAACCAGAAGAGCAAAGCAUUAUACAGCUAGAAGGUAAAUACAGGACUCAUCCUAGAUGAUGGUGUAGAGUGUAAAUGAGCACAACAAAUUUCCUAAGCAGAGAAAAGCUUAUGUAAACUGAAACCAUUUGUGAGUUGUUGGGUGUCUGUUUACUUGUUCAAGAUAAUUAGGAAAAAAAAACCAAACCUGGGUUUGAGAUACUUUGUUAGCAUAACUGAGACUUCUUUAAACAUUUUGCAUUACAAAGUAAUGCAGGUUAAAAGUUCUUUCUCCCCUACUCUGAUGUUCAAGAGUUGAGUAAUACAUAUUAUUGCGGAGUGCUCAAAAUGGACACCUCCAAAUUGCAACAGAGGGGAAUAGUGUAAUGCUGCAAGGCAUGGAAGGCAAACCUUACAUCCUCAGUCAUGCAAGUGAAACUAAUUUUGCUAGUUUACCUGUAAAAUAUGCAUAAUUUAGUUAUUUGGUUUGUCUUCCCAGUAGAAAAUAAUAUUAUGGCUUCCGUGUCUUAGCAGAUAGUCUUUUUACUUCUUCACUCUUCAGUUGUUCUACUGGAAAUACUAAAGAAUAGUUGUGUUACCCUAGGCUACAAAACCAGAAAAUUGAAUCCUUUCCCCAAAUCUCCAUCACUAAAUGUCCUGAUUUGAUCUCUUAGAGAGCCACAGGUGUGACUUUUAUUUAGUCUUCUGUUGCACAGCACGCAAAGAGACAGGUCUUUGCCACCAGAAAUUAAUGAAAAGGCAUACAAGUUUAGCUGCCACAGACUUCAUUUUCUACAGUCUAUUCAUCCUGGUUUAGUCUUUACUUUCAGUAAUUCUGUGACCAGCACAUUUUAGGAGAAGGAAAAUAGAUGGAGAAGGAAAAUUUUCUGCCUGAAGGUCUUUUGAGUAAAAAUUCGACUCCAGUGACAUCUCUGAAAAAGAAAUCUCAGAAGAGGCUUCUUUUGGAGCUGAUCGUCUGAAAUUUCCGAACACAACUUGCUAGUUGAAGUUCUGUAAGUGACAGAAGUUGAAGCAUUAGUUUAAAUAAAGUGUUUGUUUCCAUCACUGACAGCAGUCUAUCUUGAGCAGGUUGACGUAGGCCAAUGUGGCAUUAUUUAAAAUGCUUAUGGGUACAUGGAAAUUCCUAUUUGGUGUACAUCUGUCACUGUGGAAUGCUGUGUCACCUGUGAACCAAGGGUCCUAAAGAGUGGAAAUUUUAACAGAAAGUCUUGGUGUCUUAUGUUUCUGUAAUCAAAGCAAGAGCAGGUCUGCUGUUGCUUUAGUGCAAAAGAAUUUCUCUGCUACAGAGCUACCAUUUUCACUUUCUGGGGUUUUUUCCUCCUCCCGCUCAUUUUUAAUGGAAAAAUAAAAAACAAAACACCCUCCCAAAGGAACCGGGAAUACUGAUGACAUUGUGCACUUACAUUCCAGACAAUAGUUUUUAGUCAUAUUGUUAGAGCCUACAGGUGCCCAAUAGGUUCAUGAAUAUGACCAUUGGCUGUUGACUGUGGGCCUUUAAUUACAUCAAGCCUGCAACAUCAAGGGGGAUUUGAUAUGUAGAUGCUAUGUUCUUUAGGAAGGUACCUUCCUAAAACACCUUUUACACUGCAUAAGUUGCUUCCAAAUUUAAGAUUUCUCAAGUGGUGAGAAAAGAAACAGGUGAUGAUAGGAUGGCCAUUAGCCAUAUACUGGGGUCUACAGUGAGAACAAGCAGGACACUGGACUGUGAAGCACACACUGAAGUUACUGUUGAUGGAGGAGGAGACUUUGUAGAAAACUAUUUUUGACUUAUGCUUAGGCCAAAAGUACACUGGGAAAACAACAAUGGGGAAUACAUCACACCACUUAUUAAAAAUUCCUUUGACAAUAAAAAAGGUGAAGUCUGAGGCAUUUUGCCAAGACUUCAAGGUUGUCAUUAAUGAGAACACAAUUUGAGAAUGUAUCUGUGCAUAUACUACCUAGAUAUGAAUUCAGGAGCUGUGACACUUAGAAAAUGGUAUAUAUAGAGAGUGACAUAAAGAAUUUAACACAAAGCAAGUGCCAGGCCACACAAUUUUACAUCUUUCAUCAGAGACAGGUGCAAACACUUUCAAGUAUAUUUUUCUAUAGGUACAUGCACAUUUCUAUUGGCAUAGCAAGCAUAUCAGGCAUUUUGUGAUAUCUGAGGAGGCCAUAGUCUUACAGAAAUGCUUACCUAUUUAAAGAAUUUUCAGAAAGAUAUUGUAAAACAAUUGUAAUUUCAUAGAUGUUAAUGAAAACUACAAGUUGUAUAUUGAUCUUUUUGUGUGUGUGUGUGCAAUUUCAAUUAAACAAGUUUAUUUUAAA